GCCAUCUCCUCCCGUUUCGAGCCUUUCAGCAACCGGGACAAGACGUUGGUGGUUCAGUUCACGGUGAAGCACGAGCAGAACAUCGACUGCGGCGGCGGCUACGUCAAGCUCUUCCCCGACAGCCUCAACCAGGAGGACAUGCAUGGCGACUCCGAGUACAACAUCAUGUUCGGCCCUGAUAUCUGCGGCCCCGGGACCAAGAAGGUCCACGUCAUCUUCAACUACAAAGGGAAGAACGUCCUCAUCAACAAGGACAUUCGCUGCAAGGACGAUGAGUUCACCCACCUCUACACGUUGGUGGUGCGUCCGGACAACACCUACGAGGUGAAGAUCGACAACGGGCGGGUGGAAUCGGGCAGCCUGGAGGAGGACUGGGACAUGUUGCCCCCCCGUAAGAUUAAGGACCCCCAGGCCCGAAAACCUGACGAUUGGGAUGAACGGGCCAAGAUCGACGACCCCGAGGACACCAAGCCCGAGGACUGGGAUAAGCCCGAGCACAUCCCUGACCCCGAUGCCAAGAAGCCGGAGGAUUGGGAUGAGGAGAUGGACGGGGAGUGGGAGCCCCCCGUUAUCCAGAACCCCGAGUACAAGGGCGAGUGGAGGCCCCGGCAGAUCGACAACCCCGAUUACAAGGGGAAAUGGGUGCACCCCGAGAUCGACAACCCCGAGUACAGCCCCGACCCCCACCUUUACGCCUACGACAGCUUCGGCGUCAUCGGCCUCGACCUCUGGCAGGUGAAAUCCGGCACCAUUUUUGACAACUUCCUCAUCACGGAUGAUGAGAAAUUAGCGGAGGAAAUCGGGAAUGAGACCUGGGGGGUCACCAAGGUAAGGGGGGGAAGGGGACAAUGAUGGUGACAACCCCUG